CAUUUUCUUCAAACAGAAGAAGAGUCAAACAACACGGUACCGCAAAGCAUUGCUUUCUUCUUUCUUUCUCCUUUUUGUAUUAUUUUUAUAUUUAAAAUAAAAAUAAAAAUCAUCAAACCAAACAAAAUUGUCACACGCAACACACUUCGUGAAUUCCCAGAUUAAUUGUUUGUUAAAAAGUUUAAACGAAAAUUGGGAACUGUAUAAGAAUUCAGAAUUCAGAAAUGGGAUCUGAAGGGCCAAAGAAAAUUACAAUUCAUGUAACUGGGUUUAAGAAGUUUCAAGGAGUGCCAAUAAACCCUACAGAGAUUAUUGUUAAUAAUCUGAGGGAUUAUGUUGAAAAGAAAGGUUUUCCAGCUGGUGUUACUCUUGGAAGUUGCACUAUUCUUGAAGUGGCUGGUGAUGAUGCACUUCCUCAGCUUUAUCAGACCAUGGAAUCUGUUGUAUCGAAAACGGAUACAGAGAGUAAUGCAAAUCUUGUGUGGCUUCACUUGGGGGUGAAUAGUGGAGCUGCAAGGUUUGCAAUUGAGCGGCUGGCAGCGAAUGAAGCUACUUUCCGCUGUUCUGAUGAAUUAGGAUGGCAACCACAACAAGUACCAAUAGUCCUUGAGGAUGGGGGAAUUUCUCGAACAAGAGAGACUUCUCUACCCGUUGAUGCAAUCUUGAAAUUCUUGAAAAAGGGAAAAGAUUAUGAUGUGAUGAUAUCAAACGACGCAGGACGAUUUGUUUGCAAUUAUGUGUAUUACCACUCUCUUCGGUUCGCAGAACAGAAGGGUAACAAGUCUCUAUUUGUUCAUGUCCCCUUAUUUUCAAGAAUCGAUGAAGAAACUCAGAUGAGAUUUACAUCCUCUCUUUUGGAGGCCAUUGCUUCUGCAUGUUAAUAAUGCAAUUGAUUGAAUUGUAUGCAAGGACUGCCAUGUCCUGUCAUCUGGUUGUGUAUGUAAAUCAUUUGUCUCAAUAGAAAUGCAAUUGUAUAACAAUUAUUGAGUGAAGAACAAAGUUGUUCUUUGAUUUAUUUUCUUUGGCGAGUCGUUAAUCGAUGUAUAAUUCAUGAAUGUCUGUUCUUGGAUUGCACAGAUAUAUACAUAUGCUUGUGAUUACUGAAUCUUAUUAACUGCAAAUGUUAUGCAA